UUAAGAUAUAUUCGUUACCAAACAGAGAAGUAGGUUUUGUCUUGUUUUCUUGUCGGCGCCAUGUAUAAAUAUUUCUCCAAGCCUUGACUGAUGGUUAAGAUUCGUUUAGAUAGAUUUUUUCUAGAGGCUUGUUUUGAUUCUUUUCUAGUUCGAGCGUCGUGGAGCAAUCGGUGAUGAAUUCCAUGAAAAAUUGUUAUCCUUGCACUUUGAUUGCUAGUGAAGAUAAAAAUGGGGUUUUCGAUUCUGAGAUUCUCCUGUCCUCUUCUCAAAUCUUGAUUUUGAUAUUCAUUUACGGAUUGGAUCGAUGAUAUAUUAGUUUAUUAAACUGCGUUAUCUAUCUGCAAAUCUCCUUCAAGGAGUUUGAAGAAACAAUAAAAAGAACCGAGAUCCAGCUUUUGCUUUUUUUGAUAAACAUGUAAUGGUGAUAGCUUUUGGUUGAUGUUAGAAUCAGAUCGAUGAUGUUAAUUGAAAAACUGCGUUAUCUAUCUUAAAAUCUCCAAAAUAGGAGUUGCAGAUACUAACAGAAACGCUGAGAUCUGAUAUUCAGUUGAUCUGUUCAUGAUACAUUAAGAUAACUUUGGGAUUAUUGAUGAACUUUUUUUUGAACUUAGAAAAAAACACAUUAAGAUAACUAUGGGUUAACUAGAUGUCCAAUGUCAGAAAUUUUUACACAAAUGAUAAGGCGAACCAAUGAAUAUUGUUUUAGAAACCACACAUUCAUAAACAUUGUGAUGGUGAAUACUGUGUAUACGGAUGAAAAAUAUAUCAGUCAAUGUAAUGGUGAAUAAUAUUGAGCAGAAACGAGCUGUGAUGCUGUAAAUGGGACUAUUAAACCGUUAACAUAUCAUAAUUAUACAUUUAUUAGGCCCUAUUAAUGUUCACAUGACUAUUAUUACCUUCAUAAUUCACAUAAUUAAACCGCUAACAUUUCAAAAUUAUACAUUUAUCACUCAAAAUAAUAGGCUUUAUAAAAUACCAAUUCACAAUAAAAAAAAUAUAAAAAAACAAUUCGAAAUUAAAAAUAUAAGCAUCAUUCAGUGGAAAACAAUAAAAAUAAUAUACACCAAUUCUAGAUGUAUAGCUAAUGAAAUCACAAUCUGCCAUUGAGAAAACAAACGUUAUUUUAUCAUAUUCGUAGACAGCUUGACAUUAUUAAUCCAACGAUAUCCAUAUAGAAACCACUAGGAUUUAUUUGUGUAGACAAACCGGCCCGAUUAGUAAACCGGACGGUUCAGUACUCUAAUUUUGACCCUUAGGACAAAAAAAAAUCGGAUUUUUACCGCGAGAACCAGACGCAAAAAUGCGAAAUUAAACCAACGUAACCAGUGGCGCUCGAAAAUGUUCCCGCUCCCCUCCCGCUCCUUCGUUUACUUCUUCUUAUAAUCUCAUCGUCUCUUCUCUUCUCUCUCUCUAUAUAUAUAUUAAUUCCAGAUUAUCUCCACUCCCGUUUUGUUUUGUUCUCUUUGCUAAAUCGCUUCACUUCGAAGAUUAAAUCGGAGAAAAAUGGCGAGGUCGAACAGAUCCAAGAGCUCAGAGCGUGUAGUAGGCAAGGGUAAAGUGACUCCAGUGCAAGUCGCCUUCCUCGUGGAUCGAUACCUUUGCGACAAUCGUUUCUUAGAGACGCGAUCCAUCUUCAGAUCCGAAGCUUCUUCUCUCAUCUCCAAAUCUCCACUCCGUGAAGCUCCGUGCAGUUUGAUACCACUGGGUGAUAUCUUGAAUGAUUACAUCAGCCUCAAGGAGCACAAAGUCACUGUGGAUCAAGAGAAGACUCGUGUUCAGAAUCUAUUACAUGGGAUGCAAAAUGUCAUGAACGCUUACAACUCCACCGCAUCUGCUCUUCCACCUCCAGCGAUUACGACGGCAGCUCACGCGGCUACUCAAAUGGUUGCCUCUACUUCUCAACCAAACAACAUCAGCGUCUCUCCUUCAGGCGGCUCAGGGCAUAACACGCCUAACCUUAUGUCAGCAUCAUUGCCAGGAAACAAAAGAGUUGGGAAUUUCACAGCUCCCUCUAGUCAAUCUAUUACCAAAAAGCGAAAGAGUCCUGAGGUUUCUCUAGAAGCUGCUCCUACAGAUUCUAAUAAAGGAAGAAAAAAGAUACCACGAGCUGCUAAGGUGGAUAACAAUGUAGCUAAUGAGUCAUCUGUUAUCACAUCAAGUGUGGCAAAGUGUUUGUUUGACAGUUCAGACUUGUCACCUCCGACCAAUCCAUCUUGUCUGAGUACACCACAAAGUCAAGUAUCUCCUCAGAGUGAUGUAUCUAUCACUCCUACAAACUGCACAAUCGUCACUAAGGAGAGAAUCACAGUCAGUCCUCACAAGCAAAAUCCUUCUUACACUGUGGAAAGGAGCCAUAUGGUUUCUUCUUUCUCCCCAAUCAAGUCUAAUGCAAAGAUGUCGAGUAAAAGAGAUCAUGUGAAAGGACGUCUCAACUUCGAUGACGCUGAAGCAACAAUGAACUUAUCCCCACCUGCUUCUGGAGAUUUUGUUUCGACUUCUUCAUCUGGCUCCGAAGCAGAAGUUGAUUUGUUUGAUAUAGAUUUUCUGAGCGAGAACUUUCCAUUCUCGGAAGUGCUUGUCGAUUUCGAUAUUGCUUGUCAAGGAAUGCCAGACCCUUGCCUGCCACAACCAUCAAACUGUUCCUUUCAGUUAGCCUAAGCAGGCUUCUAGAAAGCUUUAACAGUAAUGUAGAUCACACAGUUUUGAAAUUAAAGAAUGCAAUCCUUCAUUUAUUUAUUUGGCUCCUAACUAGUCUCAUGUUAAGUGAAUAUGAGUUUUUUUUUUCUUUAAGAUGUUCUUUACAACUUAAACUAUCUGAAUCAAGCCAAUUACUACAGCUUCUCCACGUUUUUGAUGGCUUACAAUGUAAAGCAGAAGAACCCCCUUUUGUGUCUUCUGCCCUAUAUUCAAAAAUGUUACUGAGUGUAUACUUUUGCUAUCAAAAGAUUCAUAGUUUUUGAUAAAGUUAAAGGAUACAAUGAAAUAUAAAAACAUCUUCUAUUUUAAAAUAUCAAAAAUUCCCUAAAACAUCAUCUAUUUUGAAACGAAUAAGAGUAUAUGCUAGACCUAGCAUAAUUUUAUAGAGCUUAGAGAGAGAAAUGAAUGAAAACUACUUGUAACUCAAGUUAGACCAUAACUACUGAUGAACAACAUAAUAUCAUUUCUUAUAUAAAAGUUAAAACUCAUAAAACAUUUUUGUAAACAUUUUUGUAAAUCAUUUAAGCUGUCCACCUGAAUUGGCUCACCAACUCACCAGUCAUAUGUUUCUGCUGACCAAAAAAAAGGACUUAACAACUAGAUACGUCCAGUUUCUGGUCUUUUAUAAACAACUUUUCCAGUUUGAGCAUGAACUGCUCAGACUGAACAGCUACUUGUGUUGUCGCUUUCUAUGUUCAUUAACGAACAAACCAUAAAGAGUCAAAAAGAAAAGAAACCAUUUAGAACUGUCUAAGAUCUCGUUUAAAUCUGCAUAGGACCACCCAAAACCGUCUACCUCCACUCCACUUAAUAUAACACACAUGCUUAACUCCAACGCAUAAAUAAUUACCAUAGUCUAUGAGCAACCACCGUCUAAAUACCGUUUUGACUACCUCUAAUACGAACAACAAAUAGUUAAAAGUUUGAUUCUUUUAGUUUACUACUUAACUCUCACGUAAGAUAAUGUACUAAUUUAAAGUAUAUGUCGACAUUUUUAUAGAACAAAAAUCCAAAAAAAUAAUUCAAAUGAAAACAAGAAUAGGUAUGUCUUGUCCACUAGAACCAGACCCACCAACUUAAUAAUAUGUUGUUUACUUAAAUUAAUUCCCGUCAAAAUUCGUUUUUACUCUUUUUGUUUCUUUCUUUCUUUUAUUCCUUUGGUGGCUCAACAUUUUGACGUGGAAAAUGAGAUUCCCAUUUCUU